AUGUUAUCGCAUUGGUACACAAUAUUGGUUCUAUUACCAGUUUGUUUAAAGUCCCAGAAACUGCCCACUAGAGAUGAAGAAUUGUUCCAAAUGCAGAUUAAAGAGAAAUCAGUUUUCCACGAUUCAUCCAUAGUACCUGAUGGAGCAGAGAUUGGUGGCUACCUGUUCAGAGACAAUCCUAAAAGGUACUUCUUUGUAGUAGAAGAAGAUAAUACACCUCUGUCUGUUAUUGUUACACCCUGUGAUGCCCCUCUGGAAUGGAAACUGACUUUACAGGAACUUCCUGAGGAAGCCAGUGGGGAAGGAUCAGGUGAGCCUGAACCUUUGGAGCAGCAAAAACAACAGAUUAUGAAUGAAGAGGGCACCGAGCUGUUUUCAUAUAAAGGGAAUGAUGUGGAGUACUUUGUGUCUACAAGCUCUCCUUCUGGUUUGUACCAGCUGGAAUUAAUUUCAACAGAAAAGGACACCCAUUUUAAAGUUUAUGCUACUACAACUCCUGAGUCUGACCAGCCUUACCCAGAGUUACCAUAUGAUCCAAGAGUUGAUGUGACAUCUCUAGGACGCACAACAGUUACAUUAGCAUGGAAACCAACUCCUACAUCCUCUGUUUUAAAACAACCAAUCCAAUAUUGUGUUGUUAUCAACAAGGAACACAAUUUUAAAAGCAUGUGUGCAGUCGAAGCCAAGAUCAAUGCAGAUGAUGCUUUUAUGGUAGCUCCUAAGCCUGGUUUAGACUUCAGCCCCUUUGACUUUGCCCACUUUGGAUUUUCAUCAGAAAAUGAUGCUGGUAAAGAUCGCAAUUUCAUGUCAAAAACCUUAUCCUCUAAAAUAGUACGUCAAAUAACUGCCAAACCAAAGCCUGACCUUCAAAAGGUAUGCAUUGGGAACAAAAACAUAUUUACAGUUUCUGAUCUGAAGCCUGACACCCAGUACUACUUUGAUGUGUUUGCAAUAAACUCAGCCACAAAUAUGAGCACUGCUUAUGUCGGAACAUUUGCUCGAACCAAAGAAGAAGCAAAGCAGAAAACAGUAGAGUUGAAGGAUGGAAAAGUUACUGAUGUGUUCAUAAAGAGGAAGGGCACUAAGUUUUUAAGAUUUGCUCCAGUCUCUUCCCAUCAAAAAGUCACUUUUUCAGUUCACUCUUGCCUGGACACUAUUCAAAUCCAAGUCAGAAGAGAUGGCAAACUUCUUCUGUCACAAAGUGUAGAAGGUGUGCGCCAGUUUCAACUGAGAGGAAAACCAAAGGCUAAAUACCUGAUCAGGCUAAAGGGAAGCAAAAAGGGUGCCUCUAUGCUCAAAAUCCUGGCAACAUCGAAAUUUAACAAGCAGCCUUUCCCUUCACUGCCAGAAGACACAAGAAUCAAAGCCUUUGACAAACUGCGCACAUGCACUUCUGUUACAAUAGCAUGGCUGGGAACGCAGGAGAGAAAUAAAUAUUGCGUUUACAAAAAAGAAGUGGAUGAUGACUACAACGAAGACCAGAAGAAACGAGAACAAAACCAAUGUUUGGGGCCUGACAUCAGAAAGAAAUCAGAGAAAGUUCUCUGCAAAUAUUUCCACAGUCAAAACCUGCAUAAAGCAGUCACCACAGAGACAAUCAAAGGACUUGAAGCUGGGAAGUCUUACGUCCUGGAUGUCUAUGUCAUGGGUCACGGAGGCCAUUCAGUCAAAUAUCAAAGCAAACUCGUAAAAACAAGAAAGUUCUGUUAG